CCAUCACUGAGACGUUGAGAGGAAUUUGAUAUUCUGUCCUUUGUCCCGUUUCUCAAUUUGGAUAGAUCUACUGACUGUCUCGUCUUAAUUUUCCAGCACUACACUGUGACGUGACUGCAGCAGUCAUGCCAUCUUUCAAAGUUGCUGACAUCAGCCUGGCCGAGUUUGGCCGCAAGGAGAUGGAGCUUGCAGAAAAUGAGAUGCCUGGUUUGAUGGAGAUGAGGAAGAAGUAUGGACCCAGCAAGCCACUCAAAGGUGCCCGUAUUGCUGGAUGUCUUCACAUGACCAUUCAGACAGCUGUUCUUAUUGAAACUCUCACAGAGCUUGGAGCUGAGGUCCAAUGGUCCAGUAGCAAUGUAUUCUCCACCCAGGACCAUGCGGCUGCUGCCAUUGCGAAGUCGGGGGUGCCAGUCUAUGCCUGGAAGGGUGAGACUGAUGAGGAGUUAGUAUGGUGUAUAGAGCAGACAUUGAUGUUCAAGGAUGGUCAACCCUUAAACAUGAUUCUUGAUGAUGGUAGUAACUUGGUCUCCUUGAUUCACAAGAAACAUCCUGAAUUGUUAAAAGGUAUCAGAGGUGCUUCUGAAGAGACCACAGCUGGCAUACACAGUCUUAAUAAGCUUACAAAGGAAGGUAGUCUUAAACUGCCUGUCAUCAACGUGAAUGACUCUGUCACAAAGAGCAAGUUUGACAACCUGUAUGGCUGUCGUGAAUCUCUUGUCGAUGGCAUCAAGAGGGCGACGGAUAUCAUGCUUGCUGGCAAGAUCUGUGUAGUUGCUGGUUACGGUGACGUGGGCAAAGGAAGUGCCCAGUCCUUGAGAGCUUUCGGUGCCCGUGUACUCAUCACGGAGGUGGAUCCCAUCAACGCUCUUCAGGCUUCCAUGGAAGGUUAUCAAGUUACGUCCAUGGAAGAGGCCUGCAAACUGGGCCACAUUUUUGUCACAACCACUGGAUGUCAAAAUGUCCUAAGUGGCCAACAUUUCCUAGAGAUGCCUAAUGAUGCCAUUGUCUGCAACAUUGGACAUUUCAGUACCGAGUUUGAUGUGUCAUGGCUUAACAGAAAUGCAGUUGAGAAGGAUACCAUCAAACCACAGGUAGACCGUUACAAGCUGGAGAAUGGCAGACACAUUAUUGUUCUAGCCGAGGGCAGCCUUGUUAAUUUGGGCUGUGCCAUGGGACACCCCAGCUUUGUCAUGUCUACAUCCUUCACGAACCAAGUCCUGGCCCAGUUAGAGAUUUGGACCAAUACUGGGGCCUAUGGUGUUGGUGUCCAUCGGCUUCCCAAGAAGCUUGACGAAGAAGUUGCCCGUCUUCAUCUAGAUCACCUCGGGAUCAAACUGACCUGUCUUACAGAUUCUCAGUCCAAGUACCUUGGAAUUCCUAAAGCAGGACCCUACAAACCUGAGCACUAUCGGUACUAGCCUUAAAGACUUGCUCUAAAUCAGCCUCAUGAUCAUCAGCUUCUCACUUUUAAUGUAUAUAAGUGAAAUUUUAAAUUACUUCACCAUGGCAUCUCGCACUGAUACACAGAAUGUUUUAUCAAGGGAUAGCUUUGAAGCUGCUGAAAGAGAUUACUCUUCAAGCUUUGGAUGUUUUGAAACAGGCGCUACAACCUAUGAGACUGGCCCUGCAAAUAGUAUUGUUAAUAGCCAUACAGAUUAAAAUAUCUGGUUUUAUUAUAAUAAUAAUUAUAGACAAUAAUAGACAGGCUGUAGCUUAAGCAGCCUUCCAGCGUUCAGUGCAUUUCAAGGAAUAGAUUCAUGCCAGGUACCCAUUCACCUCAAAUGGGUUGAUUGCAGCACAAUGUGGAUAACUCUCUUGAAGAAGGAGAGUAAAGUACACCAUGGCUGGGAUUUGAACCCACGACCCUCUGUUUCAAAGUCCGGAGAUCAAUCCACUGGGCCACAACGCUCCACAUUCUACAUUCCCAUUAUACAUUCAAGUUCAAGUAAAAGUAAAAGCUACUACAUUUCAUUUCAGAACAACUCAUCAAGUACAUUCUCAGUCCUAUUCAUUCUUACAAUGUGGGUGAUAGUGACUUUUACCAUGGGUGAUUUCAAGUACGGUGUUGAAAGCUGGUGUUGGUGUUGUGACAACGCCAACACCAGCCACAACACCGUACUUGAAAUCCGGCUGGUGUUGGGAUUGACCUCAUAAAAUAUGACGUAUUUCCGGCUGUUUGUGUUGAAGAAUGGUGUUGAAUAUCGUCUGCUAAACCCAGCACUGCGGCUGGUGUUGACGAUCUACGUGCAAUUUCCCCAUUCACCAACACCAACCCCCAGGGAUUGGGAAAAUCAUGAUUUCAAGUUCGGUGUUGGUGUUGGCAAUCUCAAGCUCGUGAACAGGCGGCGAACACGAUGAAACAUCCCCGUAAAAUUUACUAUUACCGUUAAGAUGAGUUCAAAUUAUUUGAGCUUUAUAUAUUUUGAUGAAGAAUAAUGUUCACUCUUUCAAAUUCUUAAAUAAAUUAUAGCAUUUGUAUUCUGUACGAUGAGAAUUUGAUGCAUUUUUCUCCGAUUUCAUUUUCGUAGUCGAGACUUCUCGCGUGAAGUUGAGAUGAUUUAGCAACGCAGCGCAGAUCUAGAGGCAUGACGUCAUGUGCUAUCGAUAAACGCAACUGGUAUCGUUCCUCUGAACUCAGCUCGGUGUUGGAGCUCGGUUCAGCGGACUUUUUACGCUUUCAACACCGAACACUGUACUUGAAAUCACCCCAUGUAUGGUUGAGUGCUGGCACUUUUAGCCUAAAGGAGGAUUAAAGUGACCUGUCUUACAUAACAGUGGAGGUUUCUCGGUGUAGUGGUUCAGUCUCUUGAUUCUUAAACCAAGGGUUGUGGAUUCGAGUCCCACCCAGCGCUAAUGUCCUUUGGCAAGGCACUUAUCCACGUUCAUCACUCUCCACCCAGGUGUUAAAUAGGUACCUGGUAGGAAGUGAAAAUCACUGUGAUUAGAUUGGCAUGAGUGCAUGAUAAAUGGUUGCCUGGCCAGGAUACUCCCCAGGGAGUGGAGAUGGUGCACUUUUUGUGUGGAACUGUGAUGGAUCCUAUGACCGUGGUAAUAAUAAUUACAAUGUAAAGCACUUAGAAACCAACGUAUGAACUGCUAUAUAAAUGUAACUAUUAUCAUAUUCCCAAUAGUAUUAUGAAUUAAUAUUGGCAAUUUGGAUAAAGAAGUUUCCAGGCUCUACAUAUCCUUGGUUCUGAUUAUUAAAGUGAUUGAUAAAUACUUGACUUUUAAUAUUCAAAUAGAUAGUUUUGGAUGCCAGAAAUAUAUUGGCACAUGCAAGCUUUCAAGAUUUCUUUUAUUCAUAUUCUCUUUCAAACUACUGCCAAUUCAUCAAAAUGGCCCUCAUUUUGGAAAACAGGAUCAAAUUUUUUUGAUUUAUU